AUGGAUAAUCCACAUGUCGAGGGUCGUCAGCUCGGCAUCUGCACGCGUCGCUUCAACACGCUCGUCCAGGGGUUCACGAUCAACAUAACCGGGCCUAACCUAGUGGGUUUGCUCGCCGACAACAAAGACGUCAUCGCCACUCUGGAGGUCCCGAAAACGGCGUCGAUCGCAGCGACGCAAUCCCGGCCCCCAUGGGGAGUUGACAGGAGCGAUCAGAACCCUGGGGGCGCAACGUUGGAUAACACGUAUACCUACAACUACCCGAUGGACGGAACCGGGGUGCACGUCUAUAUCAUCGAUACGGGCGUGCGCGCAAGCCAUCAGGACUUUCUGACCAUGGACGGGUCGCGCAGCCGCGUGCUAACCGGGUUUAACGCCGUGGGGGAUGGCCAGGGCACCGGAGACUGCAACGGUCACGGCACGCACUGCGCCGGCAUCGUGGCGGGGCGGGUCUCGGGGCUCGCCAAGAACGCAUACAUCCAUUCUGUCCGCGCAAUGGGCUGCGACGGAAACGGCGGCUACGGCAACAUCAUCGCGGGGCUGGACUGGAUCGCGGCCAAUAAGCAGAUGCCAGCUGUCGUCUCCAUGUCAAUCACGACCCCCACCUCGGUUAGCCUUGACCAGGCGGUUAACAACCUGGUUGCCACGAGCGGAAUCACGGUGGUUGCGGCCGCCGGCAAUUUCGCGCAGAACACCUGCAACUACUCGCCUGCGCGCGCAACUUCGGUGAUUGCAGUGGGCGCUACCAAUCGCGCGGACUCGAUCAGCUGGUUCUCCAACUACGGCUCGUGCACCACGCUCUUCGCGCCGGGCGAGGACAUCGACAGCGCGAGCUACGCGAGCGACACCGGAAUCGUGACCCUCAGCGGAACGUCCAUGGCGACCCCCUUCGUGGCGGGCGCGGCCGCGCUGUACCUCUCGGCCAACAUCUACGCGCGCCCCUCCGAAGUCCGCCAGGCGCUGCUGGACGGAACUCUGCCGAACACCGUCCGGAACACCAUCCCCGGAACCGGAACCCCGACCAGCCUGAUGAACACCCGCCUGAGCUCGCCCCUGGUUGACGUCAGCCCCCGCAGCUGGGUGACGUCAGAGAACUCGAAGAAGGCAAUCACGGUCAGGCUCAAGGCGCGGCCGGCGAACCCCGUGUAUCUGCAACCGGCGAUGACAGUCGGGGGGAUUGGCCGUUUUGUUCCGUCUCGCCUGACCUUCGACUCGAGCAACUGGCAAACGCCGCAGGCCGUGGCCUUGGCCGUCCCCCGACUGGCGGAUUACUUGGACCACACCAGCCUAAUCCAGUUUAACUUCAUCAGCCGGGACGCCCGUUUCAUGCGCACGCUGGAAGGUUACCUGGACUCCCAAGACACGGACGUCUGCCGCUCAUGCGGGGACACGUUCGCCAAUCCCAAGGUUGUCCCGAAGCUCCCGUUCUACCACGAAUGGACAACCACCGGUUACCAGGACAAUUACAACGACGGCGGCUGCACCGGGUCGGGGCCGGACGUUGUGUACGCGUUCACACCGCCCUGGAGCAUGAGCGUCAGCGUCGACCUGUGCUCAAGCACGACCCAGUUUGACACCAUGAUGGCGAUCUACCAGAAGACCGGCUCCGGUUCCGCUUCGCUCAUCCCCGGUUGGUGUAACGACGACUACUGCAACGUCCAGAGUGCGAUGUACAACCUUCCCAUGACCGGGGGCCAGACGUACUACAUCGUGGUCGACGGAUACAACGGCGCGAAUGGGCCGUACGGGAUCAACAUUGUGACGUCAACCCCACCCCCGUCUGGCCAGGCCUGGCCGCGCAGCGUCGGCGAGAUUGUGAACGCGACCGAGGUUCCCGCUAACGUUCCCGCGCCGGUCCAGACCGUCAGCAAGGGCGUGAUCACACGCUGGAACUACUGGGUGGCCAAGCAGCAGAACGGAACCAGCGGAACCGGAAAAGGACCCGGAACGGGCGGCCUUUUCUCGGUGUACUCGUGGGUCACCACCGACUGGAGCGCGUGCAGCGCGUCUUGCGGCGGCGGCAUGCAGACGCGGACGGCCUUCUGCGAGGACACCAUCGGCAACGUCGUCGACGUCAGCAACUGCGACGCGGACACGCCGCUGACGUCACAGGCGUGCAACCAGGUGGCGUGCCCCGAGUACUCGUGGUUCGCGGCUGGCUGGUCCGAGUGCCCGGUGACUUGCGGCGGGGGAACGCAGACGCAGGCGGUUUACUGCAAGGACGCCAACGGCAACCUCGUCGAGGCCUCCGCGUGCGCCGGCCAACCCGCGCCGGCCACGUCACAGCCCUGCGCCACGUCAGCGUGCGGGCAGUACUACUGGGCGGUGCCCGGUUGGUCGCAGUGCAACCGGCCGUGCGGCGGGGGCACGGUCACCCGGGACCUCCAGUGCGUCGAAACGGCGACUGGAAAUCUGACCGACGUGGCAAAUUGCGGGGGCGCGUAUGAUGAGAGUGCCCCGCCCACUUCCAAGCCGUGCAACCUGCAGCCCUGCCAAGCGAUCACGUGGCUUGCCUCCCCGUGGGGCGACUGCCCGGUCACCGCUAACUGCAGUUCCGUGCAAACCCGGGUGGUUGAGUGCGUUGACCAGCAAGGGUUAACGAGGGACGGCUCCUUCUGCGACGCCGCCGGUCUGAUCAAGCCCGGCGAGACGCAGGGGUGCCGGAGCACCGCGUCGAACUGCGACUACUGCAAGAACUGCUCCGGCCACGGCACCUGCAUCAACCGGUCGUUCUGCCAGUGCGCCCCCGGCUGGAAGGGCGACCUCUGCGAAACCCCGACCACGUGCCCAGGGAUCCCCUCCGGGGCCGAAGGCGGCACGUGCUGCCUCUCGGGAGUCGUGGGCGCGCGCGCGCAGUGCUGCGCGGCCGCGGCCGCGGUCGUGGACGCCGCCGGCGAGUGCUGCGAGAGCGGACACGUGGACGCGUGCGGAGUGUGCGACGGGGCGUCGACGAGCGUGGACGCGCUCGGGCGCUGCUGCGCGACGGUGCGCGACGAGAAGGGCGUUUGCUGCGCGAGCGGCCAACUGGAUGAGUGCUCCAUCUGCGACGGUGACGGCACGAGCUGCGUCAGCAUGGUGGGCGUCACGCUUGACGUCAGCGGGGGCGCGGCCCCGUACGCGGACAACUCCUCCGCCUACUACGCUCCCUUCCAGCUGGACUUCAGGAAGCGGCUCGCGGCCGCGGUCGGCGUCGCGCUCGAGGGUGUCGCCGUCCGCAGCAUGGCCGUAGAUAACAGCAACGGCGACCUGCUGGCCAUUGAGAGCACUGUUUCCGCAGUUGGGCUGACCGCGGGAGCCGUGAUCACACACGCGGCCGCGACUCAAGCAGCUUUGACGCUGUCGGUCGGCCAGAACUCCGACGGACAGGACCUGUGGCUGUCCGGCGCGGCCCUGACCGCCGUGACCCACGUGCAAAAGGCGGGCGUCUGCGGGAACGGCAUGUGCGAGCUCGGGGAACGGUGCACCGCGCAGGGAACAAGCGCGACAAUGGGGAAUGACACCGACCCGGUGACUGGCCUACCGGUCGCUUGCUGCUACCAGGACUGCCAAUUCGUGCCCAUGCUCUGCCCCGCCCCCGCCCUGGGGGCCCGCGCCGGGCAGCCGUGCGCGGGCGCGGGCCGCUGCCUCGACUCCACCGGUGUUUGCGACUGCUUCACCGGUCACGCCGGCGCCGAUUGUUCCCAGUGCGCCGACGGCUGGUCGCUUACCCAGACCGGUUUAUGCGUCUUCCGACUGGACGGCUCCCUUCUCGCCCAGCCUAGUUCGCCCACCGUGGGAUCCCCCCCGAGCCGCGGAAACACCACCAACGCGACAAUCCUGGACGUCCCGACCGGCAGCGGCAGCGGUAACGGCAACGGGUCGUCCGGCGGGAACGUUACAGCGCCCCCGGCCCGGCACUACAACGCGGCGCGGCACUGGGGGAUCGGGUUGGGGGUCUCGCUUGCGAUGGGGAUCGGGUUCCCGGGAAUGGUCAUCGGGGCGCUCCUGGUCUAUGUUCACUGCUUCAAGAAGCGGUCGGCUGGCACCCCCCGGGCGAUGGUCAGGCCCGUGAGCGAAGCAGAGGAAGCGGCGACGGUUGCAACGCCCGAGGAAGCCGCGGCCGCGGCCGCGGAGGCGGCGAAGAAGGCGCGCGGCAAGGCGAAGCUGCCGGAGUAUGAGGAGGACGAUAGGCUAUCCACGAUCAGGAAGUCGGACAACCACAGGCCCGAGCCGGAGAUUGUGGAAGUCAGUUCCGGCAGGCAAUGA